UUGAUCAUCAUUAGACGCAUGCGCAAUUGAUAGAUGAUGCAGAUACGAAAUUUCUUUAGUCGCUGUUUAUCUCUGAGCUAUCGUGGUAGGCGAGGAAUGUCUACAAGAACAUAUCAAGAUGCCGUGAACAAUCUGAACUCUCUGCAAUCUAACGCAGCAACUAUAGAGGCUGUUCGAGCUUCCGGCGGACGGCUUAGUCAAUUUGCCAUUCCAGAGAUGGUGGAAUACUUAGAAAGGAUUGGUUACAAGACAGACGACCUAAAUGCCUUAAAAGUCAUUCACAUCACCGGCACGAAAGGAAAAGGAUCGACCAGCGCAUUCACCGACUCGAUACUUCGGCAUACGAAACCCGAGUGGAAAGUUGGAUUAUAUACUUCACCGCAUCUGGUGGCCGUCCGUGAACGAAUUCGAGUCAAUGGAAAACCACUGUCUGAAGAGGAUUUCACAAAGUAUUUCUUUGAAGUAUGGGACAAGCUUCAAGCCAACGAUUCGAGAAAGCUCGAAAGCACGCCGUUUAUGCCCGGUUAUUUCAGAUUCGUUACAUUGAUGGCUUUUCACACAUUCCUCAGUCUUGGUGUGGAUGCAACUAUACUUGAAGUUGGUGUAGGAGGGAUGUAUGACAGCACAAACAUUGUUCCCAAACCGAUCGUCACCGGCGUCACGGCGUUAGGCAUCGACCAUGUCGGGGUUUUAGGCAAGACUCUGAAAGAAAUUGCAUGGCAGAAAGGUGGAAUAUACAAGGAAGGAGUUCCUGCGUUUACCGUCGAACAACCAGAAGAGGGGAUGAAAGUCUUGGCGGAGCGCGCGAAGGAGCUCAAGGCUUCCGAAUUCAUAGUGACACCCAUGAUUCCCGAAAUGGUCAAUGUUAAACUUGGUUUGGCUGGUGCCCAUCAAGUUGGAAAUUCCUUACUGGCUGUUCACCUUGCAAAGACUUUCAUCCAUCAAUUAGACCUUGAGAGCGAAGAAGCCCCUCUCCCGCGAUCUUUCAUAGAUGGUUUGCAAAGCACCAGAUGGCCAGGUCGCUGUCAAACAGUUGCUGAUCCUGGUUAUUCCAACUUGACAUGGUAUCUCGAUGGUGCACACACGAAAGAAAGUUUGGAAUGCUGUAUACAAUGGUUCAGCCAGCCAGGUGUGGGAGUUCACUUAAAUUCUACUCCUCGUUCGUUUCAACGUGUAUUGAUAUUCAACACCGGGGGUGGACGUGCUGGACCAUCUUUCCUUGAGGCAGUCUACAAUCAGCUUUCCACACAACUCGGCCAGAUACAGUCAGGCGAAGAUGCCCCUUCGUUCUUUGACCGGGUAAUAUUUUGCACAAAUGUUACCUACGCUGAUGGAGGCUUCAAAGGCGAUUUGACGGCUGUUUCCCUUCCGCCAGAUGACCUCGCCCAACUUAGGACUCAACAUCAGUUAGCUGAUGCUUGGUCUUCUCUAAUGCCUUCCUUCCCAAAAGACCACAUUCAUGUUCUGCCUUCAGUUGAGCAUGCCAUCCGGAUCGUCCACCGCCUGACAACAGAGUGUGACUCUCCUGUGAAAGCUUUGGUCGCGGGGAGUUUGCAUCUCGUUGGGGGUGUGAUAGAAGUCGCUGAUCUCGCUGAGGUUGCGUUAUAAGUUGUUCUAGGGCUCCUUGAUACAAAACUUCAAGUUUGACACAUUAGAUGUUUCACACAUACAAUUGGGUAAUUUCUUCUAUCUAGUAUUCAAGUAAAGGUAAGUCAUGAUAGUUUAAGAUAGUCAUCUAAGAGUGCAAGUUGUAGUGGAUAAUUCUAUGAAAAUAUCUUGAAAAUGAGAAUAUUCUCACA